AUGAAAGGCCCUUUGUCACCAUCAGACAGCGAAACACGCAACUCAUUGAGCGCCGUCUCCCCAUUCACUGCGGAUAACACGCGAGCAAGCAAGAUUCUCACCCCAGACCUAGCAUUGGGGUCAUCCUCAACAAGCCUCGUCUCAUACUCUCCCCAUAAAACGCCUCCGGUCCCACCAACACAACCGCACUCAAAUGAGCUCUUCGCUUCAGUCCCUCCUCGCCAAGGAUUUACCCCAGAGCUACCAGACACAGGCUUCCAUCGUCUGCGCGCUGAGCUAGCCUCCCACUCCCAGAGCGAGCUGAUCAACGUACCCAUAGACCAACGACAGCGACAGCAGAAUCACACCAAGUCGAGAAAUAGUCCGCGGGUUUGGGAAUCACCUGUCUUGGCGCCUAUAGCUAGUUCACGUGCAAAUUCAACAAGAAAAGCCGACAACGGCAGCGGCCACAGCCAUAGCAAUAGCAGCGGUGGUAGCCCCGGGAGAAACCAAGCUGGACGGUUCGUCACUGCCGAGGGAGUUGUCCUAGGCGCAAAUCUGGAUCGAUACUCCAAUGGCAUGGAAAUUAGAGAGUCCCAGGCCCGGGGGGAAAGGGGAAGGACGGCUGAGCGCGGCGGGGCAGAUCAUGUUAUGAGUUUUAUGCAGUAUAGCGGGAAGCCGGAAGAUCGGGGCUUGGGGAACGGGCUUGGAAUCGCAAUAAGUGACCAUUCUUCCAACCCCCAGGUAUGCGGGAACAGUGCUUCCAGGUCGAGGCCUAGGCCUGUGGAGCGCAGUUUGGAAGAUGACAUUGCGGCUGCGGAGGGUGAUGCUGAUGUCCCGCCUGCUUAUGAGGCGGAAGAGGGCGCCCUUGGACGCGAAAUCAAGUCUCCGUCUGGAACGAUGGGUAUGAGCCCGAGAGGGGUUUGA